AUGUCUUCUAGCAAUGGUACGCAGGCUAUUGCCUCAGGUUCCUGGUCGCCAGACUCUUGGAGGACAAAGCCCAUCAAACAAUGCCCUGAGUAUCCUGACGACAAGGCGCUGAACAAGUCCCUGGCCGAGCUGAAGAGGCUGCCGCCCAUCGUCAGUCCCAAGGAGAUUGUGAGGCUCAAGCAGCACUUGCGGGAUGUUGCUAAAGGAGAAGCGUUUCUGUUACAGGGAGGAGAUUGCGCAGAGUUGUUCGAUUACUGCGAGCAGAAUGCCAUUGAGUCAAAGAUCAAGCUCCUGUUGCAAAUGAGCUUGGUGCUCAUCUGGGGUGCCGACAAACGGGUUGUCAGAAUAGGUCGCAUGGCUGGCCAGUAUGCCAAGCCUCGAUCGAGCCCCAUGGAGACGGUCGAUGGGAAGCAGGUGCCCUCUUUCAGGGGCGAUAUCUUGAAUGGCUUUGCGCUGGACGAGCGCGAGCUGGACCCGGGUAGAAUGGUGAAGGCGUAUCACCACUCCGCAGCAACUCUCAAUUAUAUCAGAACGGCGAUUUCAUCAGGAAUUGCCGACUUGCAUAGACCCCUAGAUUGGGGCCUGGGCCAUGUUCGUGACCCGAAGCUGAAGGCCAAGUACUCUGAGGCGGUACGAUUCCUCACCGACACGCUGCGCUUCAUGCACACCAUUGGUGCUGCCAGCAGCGACAAGCUCGACACUGUUGACCUAUUCACCAGCCAUGAGGGUCUUCUACUAGAGUACGAGCAGUGCCUGACCCGGCUCCUAGACAAUCCUUCCAAACAUGCUCCCCCAUCGGCCACCGGCCAAACUGCCCCGGCACCUCCUGACUCCAAGGAGUACUAUAAUACCUCGGCGCACUUCCUCUGGAUCGGCGACCGCACGCGGCAGAUCGACGGUGCCCACGUCGAAUUCUUCCGCGGCAUCGCCAACCCCAUCGGCAUCAAGGUCGGCCCCACGACGCCAGUCUCCGACCUGCUCGAGCUGCUGCGGACCCUCAACCCGUCGCGCGAGCCGGGCAAGAUCACGCUGAUCACGCGGUACGGCGCCGCCAGGGUGGGCGCCCUGCUACCGCAGCACAUUCGCGCCGUCGAGGACAGCGAGUACACCCGGUGCGUGGUGUGGCAGUGCGACCCGAUGCACGGCAACACGCAGUCGACGGCGGCGGGCAUCAAGACGCGCGAUUUCCGUGACAUCUUCACCGAGCUGCAGGAGACGCUGCGCAUCCACAAGGAGCAGGGCAGCUACCUGGGCGGCGUGCACCUCGAGCUGACGGGCGACGCUGUCACCGAGUGCCUGGGCGGCUCGGAGGGCCUCGAGGAAGACGACCUGUCUACAAACUACACGAGCUUCUGCGACCCGCGCCUCAACGAGAAGCAGGCCCUCGAACUGACGUUCCUGAUUGCGGACCACUACAGGAGCGAGAGGGCCAAUAUCCCAGUGUCUUGA